GAACUCCCGGCGCCUGGGCAGACCGCGAGCGAGAGCGCCCCGGAGCAGCGCCUGCAUCCUCCGCGCCUCUCCGCCAGAACCAGACCAGAACGCCCGAAGCCCCGGUCCCCCGCCUCGCUGCCCACCGGCGCAUCCGCACCAGCAGAUCCCGCUGCGCACCGACCCGACCCCGGCUCCUCCUGCGCGCCACGAUGAAGUCCCGCACCGCCUGGACGCUCGCUGUCGCCGUCACCCUUCUCCACUUGACCAAGAUGGCACUCUCCACCUGCCCCGCCGCCUGCCACUGCCCUCUGGAGGCGCCCAAGUGCGCCCCGGGUGUCGGGUUGGUCCGGGACGGCUGCGGCUGCUGCAAGGUCUGCGCCAAGCAGCUCAACGAGGACUGCAGCAAAACGCAGCCCUGCGACCACACCAAGGGGCUGGAAUGCAAUUUCGGCGCCAGUUCCACGGCUCUGAAAGGGAUCUGCCGAGCUCAGUCAGAAGGCAGACCCUGUGAAUAUAACUCCAGAAUAUACCAGAACGGGGAGAGUUUCCAACCUAACUGUAAACAUCAGUGCACAUGUAUUGAUGGCGCCGUGGGCUGCAUUCCUCUGUGUCCUCAAGAACUGUCUCUCCCCAACCUGGGCUGUCCCAACCCCCGGCUGGUGAAAGUCAGUGGGCAGUGCUGUGAGGAGUGGGUCUGUGAUGAAGAUAAUAUCAAGGACUCCCUAGAUGACCAGGACGACCUGCUCGGCAAAGGACUUGGAUUUGAUGCCUCGGAGGUGGAGUUAACGAGAAACAAUGAAUUAAUUGCGAUUGGAAAAGGAGAGUCGCUGAAGCAGCUCCCUGUCUUUGGCAUGGAACCGCGAAUCCUUUACAACCCUCUGCAUGGCCAGAAAUGUAUCGUUCAAACAACCUCAUGGUCCCAGUGCUCCAAGACCUGCGGAACUGGUAUCUCCACACGAGUUACCAAUGACAACCCUGAAUGCCGCCUACUGAAGGAAACCCGGAUCUGUGAAGUGCGGCCUUGUGGACAGCUUGUGGACAGCAGCCUGAAAAAGGGCAAGAAAUGCAGCAAGACCAAGAAAUCUCCGGAACCAGUCACGUUUACUUACGCUGGCUGCUCCAGUGUGAAGAAAUACCGGCCCAAGUACUGCGGCUCCUGUGUGGACGGCCGGUGCUGCACACCCCUGCAGACCAGGACUGUGAAGAUGCGUUUCCAAUGCGAGGAUGGGGAGAUGUUUUCCAAGAACGUCAUGAUGAUCCAGUCUUGCAAAUGCAGCUACAACUGCCCGCACGCCAACGAGGCCUCAUUUCGCCUCUAUAGCCUCUUCAAUGACAUCCACAAAUUUAGAGACUAGAUGCCCCCUGAGUUACCUUCGAGGCUGGACAGAGAAGAGUGUGACCAUCUCAGAGACAUGGGUGGGGGCGGUAGGAUGAAGGGCUCUUUGUAGAAGGGAUGCCUUGCUGGAUCUUGAGUAGCAUUAAGGUAUUUUAAAACUGCCAAGGGGGCUGGUGCAGAUGGACAGUAACGCAGCCGCAGUUGGAGAAUAUUUUUGCUUCAUAGUACUGGAGCACGUGCUAUGCUUCAUUUUGGAGCGUGUGGUGUGGAUGACGUUCUGUUUUCUGUUUGUAAAUUAUUUGCUAAGCAUAUUUUUUCUCUAGGUUUUUUUUCCUCUUGGUUCUACAAUUGUAAUAGAGAUAAAAAGAUUAGUUGGGCAGUGAAAGCCUUGUAUGUCCACUGACAGAAGUAAAUAAAAGGGCCUCCCAUUCCUUCUGAGGGAGGACACUCUGUGAGUGUCCCAAGGCCAGCUACCUGCACUCUAAACUGCAAACAGAAACCAGGUGUUUUCAGACUGAAUGUUUUUAUUUAUCAAAAUGUAGCUUUUGGGGAGGGAGGGGAAAUGUAAUACUGGAAUAAUUUGUAAAUGAUUUUAAUUUUAUAUCUGAAAAGAAUUUAUUUAUGGAAUUAAUCAUUUAAUAAAGAAAUAUUUACCUAAUA